UCCCGCCCAAGUUAUCUUCUUCUUUGAACGGAAUUAGGGUUGACUUUAAUCUCCAUAGCCACAACGAUUGCCUGCGAUGGAUCUCGACAAGCCCCUCUUGCAAUCUUGGAGGACAAGGACUGGGAAAAAGGAAUUAUCGGAUAAGGAGAAAGGGGACAGUGGGGGAGGACCAGUUACUAAGCCGCAGAAGAGCUACUUCGAUGUGCUGGGGAUCUGCUGUUCCUCGGAGAUUCCCUUGGUCGAGAAUAUUCUGAAACCGAUCGAUGGGGUGAAGGAAGUUUCGGUCAUUGUCGUUUCUAGGACGGUCAUUGUUGUCCAUGACAGUCUCCUCAUCUCACAGACUGAACUCGUCACUGCACUGAACAAAGCAAGACUAGAGGCAAGCAUCAAAGGGAGUGGAGAAGAUCUCCAUUCCAAAAAGAAGUGGCCGAGUCCUUAUGCAAUAGCUUCUGGUGUGCUGCUUCUCUUGUCCCUACUCAAGUACAUGUACGACCCAUUGAAAUGGUUCGCUGUUGGAGCUGUGGCUGCCGGAAUUUUCCCAAUUGUCUUAAAAGGACUGGCAGCCUUUCAAGGUUUGAGGAUUGACAUCAACAUCCUCGUCCUUGUUACCGUGAUUGGGACAAUGGCCUUGAAAGAGUACAUAGAAGCUGGAACAAUUGUGUUUCUUUUUACGAUUGCUCAGUGGCUUGAAUCAAGGGCUAGCCACAAGGCAAGUGCUACGAUGUCUUCUUUGACGAGCAUUGCACCACAGAAGGCAACAAUAGCAGAGACUGGAGAAAUAGUUGACGUUCAUGAGAUUCAAGUGAGCACUGUUGUGGCUGUGAAGCCCGGGGAAGUGAUUCCCAUUGACGGGGUUGUAGUUGAUGGAAUUUCUGAGGUUGAUGAGAAAACUCUGACUGGAGAGUCUUUUCCAGUUGCCAAACAGAUCAAUUCCCUAGUUUGGGCUGGCACCAUCAAUCUGAACGGUUAUAUUAGUGUGAGAACAACGGCUCUAGCUGAAGAUUGUGUAGUUGCUCAAAUGGCAAAGCAAGUCGAAGAAGCCCAGAGCAAGAAAUCGAGAACUCAGAGAUUGGUCGAUGAGUUUGCAAAGUUUUACACCCCUGCGGUUUUGGUCAUAUCAAUUGCCGUUGCAGUGAUUCCUGUGGUUCUGCGGGUCCCUGACCAAGACCGCUGGCUGCGCUUGUCAUUGGUCAUAUUAGUAAGUGCAUGCCCAUGUGCCUUGAUUCUGUCCACUCCUGUAGCCACUUUCUGUGCCCUAACAAAGGCAGCAGAACACGGUCUUCUAAUCAAAGGAGGAGACUAUCUCGAGGCACUCGGGAAGGUCAAGACUGUGGCAUUCGAUAAAACUGGCACAAUCACAAGAGGUGAAUUCUCUGUGUCCGAGUUUCUGCCUGUUUAUUCAGAAGUGACCUUGAAGACUUUGCUCUAUUGGAUUUCAAGCAUUGAGAGCAAGUCUAGCCACCCAUUGGCAGCUCCACUAGUACAAUAUGCGAGGUCCUUCAGUAUCGAGCCAAGGCCAGAGGAUGUUGAAGAUUUCCAGAACUUCCCUGGUGAAGGAAUCCAUGGGAAGAUUGACGGAAGAGAUGUCUUCAUCGGGAACAAAAGGAUCGCAAUUAGAGCUGGUUCUGACAUCGACCCAAGUUUACUCACUGAUGUAAAGGGAGGGAAAACUGUUGGCUAUGUGUACGCUGGAGCAACCCUUGUCGGAAUUUUCAGUCUCUCUGAUGAAUGCCGAACUGGUGUUACUGAAGCAAUCGAACAGCUGAAGUCACUAAAUAUUAAGACUGCAAUGCUCACUGGAGAUACCCAAGAAUCUGCAAUUUAUGCACAAAAUCAGAUACAUAAUGCUCUAGACCUUGUCUAUGCUGAGCUUCUACCCGAGGAGAAGUUGAAAAUCAUCGAAGAGCUCAAAAAGGAUGGACUAACUGCAAUGGUGGGAGAUGGCAUAAAUGAUGCCCCCUCAUUGGCAGCUUCCAACAUCAGCAUCUCCAUGGGUAUUUCAGGUUCAGCACUUGCAAUAGAGACCAGCCAUGUCAUUCUCAUGUCGAAUGAUAUCGGGAAGAUCCCAAGAGCUGUAAUCCUAGGAAGGAGGGGCCAGAGGAAAGUCAUUGAAAAUGUCAUUUUUUCAGUACUAACCAAGGGCGUGAUCCUUGUCCUGGCUUUUGCAGGCUACCCGCUCGUCUGGGCGGCGGUCCUGGCUGAUACCGGGACAUGCCUGGUCGUAAUACUGAAUAGUAUGCUUCUCUUACGGGAAAACCGUGGAGAUGGGCUUGGGCAAGAGCGUUGUAGAAGAUCUUCUGUCCCGAUCGAUGAAAACCCAACUGCUGAUGAGAUCUUUAUGGGUCAGCAUGUUUGUAACUGCUGUGGCGUAAAUAAUUGUGGCUCUUCUGCCCAUGUAGAGAACUCAUCUCUAAUUGUUCGAGCCCAGAUACCCGAUAGUGAAGGACAGAGCGAUUGUCACAAGUCCCAAAAGUGUACUUCUGAGCGAAAGACCUUACAAGAGAAGGUUACUUGCGAGUCAAGAUGCUGUCCCUCUGAGAAAGAUGAAACAAAAUGCAAGUCAAGAAACUGCUGUACCGAGAAGAGAGGCAAUGACAAGGCAACUGCUGAUGAGAUUUCGUCAGGUCAGAAUCGCCGCAGCUGCCAUGCCGUAAACAAUUGUGUCUCCUCUGUCCUUGUAGAGAACUCAUCUCUUAUUGCUCAAGCUCAAGUACCCGAUAGUGAAGGACAAACGGCUUGUUGCAGGUCGGGGAAGUGCUCUUCCGAGCAAAACAGCUUACAAGAAAGGGUUACUUGUGAGUCAAGAUGCUUUCCCUCUGAGCAACAUAAAACUAAAUCGGUUACUUGCCAGUCAACAAACUGCUGUUCUGGGAAGAGAGGUGAUGACAAGCCAAGUGCUGAUGAGAUCUCGUUGGGCCAGAAUCACCGCAAAUGCUGUAAUGUAUACACUUGCAGCUCUUCUGUCCUUUUGGAGAACUCAUCUCUUAAUGCUCAAGCUCAACCACCCGAUAGUGAAGGACAGUGGAAUUCUUGUAUGUCGGGAAAGUGUCCUUCCAAGCAAAAGAGCUUACAGGAAAAGGUUACUUGUGACUCAGGAUGCUGUUCCUCUGAGAAAUAUGAAGCAAAAUUGGUUUCUUGCAAGUCAACAAACUGCUGUUCCAAGAAGAGAGGCGCUGAGAAGCCAACUGCAGAUGAGAUCUCAUUGGGUCAGAAUCACCGUAAUUGCUCUGCUGUAAGCAAUUGCGGCUCUUCCAUCAUAGUAGAGGACUCCUCUCUUAUUCCUCAAGCUCAGAUACCCAAUAAUGAAGGACAGAGCAUUUGUUGCAAGUCAGAAAAGGGUCUUGCCGAGGGACAGGGCUUACAUCAAAAGGUUGCUUGUGAGUCAAGAGGCUGCCCGUCUGAGCAAUCUGAAACAAAAGUAGUUUCUUGCAAGUCAAAAAACUGCUGUUCUGAGAAGAGAGGAGAUAAGGAGCAACAUUCUACUGAACAUGUUAUAAGCUCUUGUGAGGCUACAGAUAUCUCAUACUCGAGUAGUGUCCACUCAGGAAGCAAAAGCACUGAAUCGGUAGACACAGGUUGUUGCUCUCGAGGGAAGUGCAGCAAGACAAAGGGAAAUGUUCCAUCAGUCUAUUCCUCUGUCCAUUUGGAGGAGAGCAACCUUAAUGCACGUGGGAAAUCAGUUCUGGGACACAUGAAACUGGUUCAGGGUGGCAACGACAUCAAAUCCGGUCAGGUUCAAGAGGAAACCAUACUGAUGGUGGAGACCAAUCAGGUCAGUGGGUGUUGCAAGAACAGCUAUCCGAAGGAAUGCGGCAGAAGCUGCUGCUUGUCUGAAAUAGUUACCGUAUAGAUGAACUUAAUUUAACGAAUUUAAUUAUUAAGCUCAGAAAAGGCCAAAAAGGUUUCGAUUUUAAUGUUACCAUUAGAUUGAUGUAGCUGGUCCGAGUACUCCUAGGUAAGUAUUGGUCUGUAUGUCUCCUGAAGAAGUGACCCAAACAGUCCCUAUAUGCCCUUUUCCGUAAACAAUUCACUUUCUUCUGUCUCUGCUCACGAGUCCGUUUUCACCCACUUCCCCUCCGUCAUGCUCGCCCGUCCAUCUUCCUUGAUCUCCUUUCUUGUAAUCAUCACAGCAGUAUCUCGAUUCACAUGAAGAAGGAACU